AUGGUCAACACACUGCCAUUCGGCGACAAGCAAAUCCCAGUGCCUGGCUUCGGGGCUAUGGGUUUGAAUUCAGCCAUGGGCAGCGAUCUUGACCUCGAACAGGCUGAGCCAGUCCUUAUGAAAGCGGUGGAGCUUGGCUGUACGUUCUGGGAUACUGCUGUCGCUUACAAGAACGGCGCAAAUGAAAAGUUGCUUGGUGACUUCAUCAAGAAGCACAACGUUCGCGAAAAACUCUUUACGUCGAAAUGCGGAUUUGACGUGUUCUCGCCUCAGCGAACCGUGACCAACUCAGCAGCUCAUAUCAAGGAAUACAUUGAAGGGACAAUCGAGAGACUUGGUUUCACUCCGGAUCUGUACUAUCUGCACAGAAUUGACCCCAAUACGCCACUCGAGGAGUCCAUUGGUGCUCUCGAUGAACUGCGCCGUGCUGGAAAGACCAAAUACAUUGGCCUAUCCGAAUGUUCUGCGGCGACCUUGCGCAAAGCUCAUUCAGUCGCCAAGAUCGAUGCCGUCCAGGCCGAGUACUCUGCCUUCGAAACGAUACACGAAACAAACGGUCUUAUCGAGACAGCUAAAGAAUUGGGGAUAGCUUUUGUAGCAUUCAGUCCUCUAGGACACGGCUGGCUUGUAGAUGAGUUUGAUUAUAAGUCUCCGGACGACUUUGCCCCUAAUGAUUUCCGCCGCACCGUCCCAAAGUUUCAAGGUCAGAAUUUCUAUCAUAAUAAGGCAAUUGUGAAUAAGAUGAAGAACCUAGCUACACAGAAGGGCUGCACAGUUGCGCAGAUUGCACUGGCAUGGGUAGCAGCGCAGGGGCUUAUCACCAUCCCAGGCACGACGAAAGUUUCGCGUUUGGAAGAAAACUGGGCAUCUCGGGCCGUCGUCUUGACGGAAGAAGAGGAAAAGGCAGUGCGCAAGAUUGUAAACGGUACUAAGCCGAUCGGGGAGAGGUUCGCUGCCAAUAUGCAACAAUUGGUGGGUCAUUAG